AUGAGCCAGCCAGCCAAAGGACCAAAGCCAAGGCCGCCAGAGAAGGGCAGCUUCCCGCUCGACCACGAAGGCGAGUGCAAGGAUGCCAUGCGUCGAUUCAUGGCCUGCAUGCGCGAGAACAAGCAGAACAGCAGCGCAUGUCGCAUCGAGUCGCGCGACUACCUCAAGUGCAGAAUGGACAAUGAUUUGAUGACUCGAGAAGAUCUCAAGCAGCUGGGAUUCCGGGAUUUGGAUGACGCAGCAGGCAAACCAAAUGACAGUCGUCCGCCGCCGCGAUGAUUUUGUUGAUGAUGAUACUUUUGCUUCAGUGUGAGUGUUUGGUCGUGUUGGAGAAUGGCAAAAACAUGUACUGUUGUUGGACAAACGAUGGGGGUGUCUGGAGUGUUCGCAAACAAGCGGUUCACACAAA